AUGAUCGCCAAAAAGAGAGCAGCGGCCUACAUCCCGGGGAUCAGAGACAGAGAUGGGAAGCUGCACAGUAUGCCGACCGAGAUGGCCAACACCAUUAGGGCGUACUAUGCGGACCUCUAUUCCCUCGACCCGCCCAGGGGACAGGGAGCGGACACAGAAAGGAAGAUGCGGAUAACAGACUAUCUAGAACCGCGCAUCGGCAACUGCCUCUCACAGGAG